UACAGGAGCAGAUUUAUAUCGUUCGAGUUCGAGCUUGAUAUAUGUCAUUGAUGAAAGUGAAAUUGCUUUUCUACACGUUUGACAUUGCACGUUUAGUUUAUCGUUGAAUAUGCGUGUAUAGACAUAUAUAAGCAAUCGAGUAGAUUAAUAAAUUUGAUUGUAGAGUCGAUUAAAUACAAAGAGAGAGGGGGCAUUGCCCUGAUUAAUACAAUUUCGCCGGUAAUUUCCGGAAGUGCCGCUCCUUUUCGGAACGCAUCGUGUAUGCGGGUGUCUUACGUGUGUAAAUAGAUUAAAUUAUCGUUAUUAAAUAAUUGAAUAAUACGUAUUCCGUUUUUCUCGCAUUUCCCACCUUUAGACGUACCAUAUAUCUAAAGAAUCUAUGAACUAAGAUCUUCGUACCGGAAUAUGAAAUGGCAAGAAUCGUAGCGUGUGUCGUAUUAGUUUAUCUUAGUGCAUAUUGUAAUAUAUUAAAUGCAGAUGAGAAUCAUGACAGCAGUGUCAAUGCUGAAAUACAGAAACCGUCUUACAAAAGUCCAGAACCUUCCGGCUUUGCUUACUUAGCGGAGAACUUUGAUAGCGAAGAGAGAUUUAGAAAAUCAUGGCUGUUAUCGGAAGCGAAGAAGGACGAUAUCGACGAAGAUAUUGCCAAAUAUGAUGGAAUUUGGUCCGUUGAAGAACUUAAGAAACACGCAGAGAAUGGAGAUCUAGGAUUAGUGCUUAAGAGCAAAGCUAGACAUGCUGCCGUUUCUACUUUAUUAACUAAGCCAUUUUACUUUGAAGACAAACCCCUAAUUGUACAGUAUGAAGUUAAUUUUCAAGAGGGACAGGAAUGUGGUGGCGCCUAUCUUAAGUUGCUCACAUUAGACGAUAAGCAUAAAGACUUGAAACAAUUCCACGAUAAAACACCAUAUACUAUAAUGUUCGGGCCUGAUAAAUGUGGCAACGAUCAUAAGCUCCAUUUUAUAUUUCGACAUAAAAAUCCAUUGAACGGUACAAUCACAGAGAAACAUUGUAAGAAAUCAAAGGAUCGACUGGAAGAUUAUUUCAAAGAUAAACAGCCACAUCUAUAUACUUUGAUCAUACGGCCUGAUAAUAUUUAUGAGAUUAAAGUGGAUAAUAAAAUCUUAAAUUCGGGUUCAUUAUUAGAUGAUUUUGUGCCUCCUGUGAAUCCGCCUUUGGAGAUAGAGGACCCCGACGAUAAACAGCCCGAGGAUUGGGAUGAUAGAGAAAAGAUUCCCGAUCCAUUGGCGGAGAAACCUGACGAUUGGGACGAAGAUGCUCCAGCACAAAUAGUCGAUGAAGAAGACAUUAUGCCCGAAGGAUGGCUCGAGGACGAACCGCCAAUGAUACCGAAUCCGGAUUCGGUUAAGCCCGAUGAUUGGGACGUCGAGAUGGAUGGCGAAUGGGAAGCUCCGGAAAUAUCGAACCCAAAAUGCGCGGACGCCCCUGGUUGCGGUCCCUAUAAGCAAAGAAUGAAGAAAAAUCCGCGAUAUAAAGGAAAAUGGCUGGCACCACUUAUUAACAACCCUAAUUACAAGGGAAAAUGGAAGCCUAAACUUAUACACAAUCCUGAAUACUUUAACGAUGAACAUCCCUUCAAAAUGUUACCAAUUAGUGCUGUUGGUUUUGAGCUGUGGUCAAUGUCACCCGAUAUAUAUUUUGACAAUAUAAUUAUAACAGAUGAUGAGGAAGUUGCAAAGAAAUGGGCAGAUGAUAGCUUUGAAAUUCGACGUGUUAAAAUUGCUGAGGAAAGUUGGACUAUAUGGAAUCGAAUCGCGACAUUUACUGCGGACCAUCCAUGGAUAUGGGCAGUAUAUAUAUUGCUAGCUGCGGUACCUGUAGUAUUGAUAAUAUACUUUUGCUGCUAUUCAGAGGAUAAAUCAGAUUUCAAGGAAGAAGAAGAAGAAGAAAAAGCACCUUUAGGAAUAAGCAAUGAUAUCGCGGAAGAUGCAGAAAGUGAAAAUCAAUCUUUGAAUCCUGAACUAGCUGAGCAAAAACCUGCUACAGAAGAAACUGAAGAUACAGAGAAAGAGACUGGAACAGAGGAAGUAAUUGAAAGUGAUAAGGAUACAUCACCAAUCAGUGGUGAAGGACCACGACGAAGAAAACCAAAUAAAGAAUAGAAAAAGGAAAAAUUAUAAAAAGAAAUUAUUAUCGCGUGUGCACGCGAUCUUUGCUGAUAUUUAUGUAAUACUGUCACAUUCCACAUCACAUUUGCUACUGUGGAUAGUAGGUGGUUACCAGUCACUCUAGCAAGUUCAGUCAUUGCAAUGAUGUGAUCGAUAAGUAUUUAAUUCCUUGUCUAAGGAUAUCGACAUUUGACUUCAUGUAUAUAUAUAUAUAUAUAUGCAAAAGUUUUCAUUGAUAUAUUCGAACAAAUCAUUCUCAGAUUACCUAUGCUUUCGUGUAAUGAGUGAUGUAUGAUGCAUAUAUAUCAUAAAUUUGCAAGAGUGCUGUCCCGUUAAUCUGGACACUGCCUUAAUAAUAUAUUGUAUUUAUGUAUUCUUGCUUAUGAUCAUGAAAUGUGUUUUAGAACUAAAGAUUGAAAACAGAUUCAUCUUAUUCAGUUUGUAUGUUUAAUGUCACAAUGGGAUAAAUUAUAGUAAAAGAUAGAGAAGAAGCUAAUGAACCUAAAAUGUGAACGUAAAAGAUGUUAAUUUACAUUGUAAUGUUAAUUUACAUAUCUGUAGCAGGCAGUAAUUUGCUCUCGACAGUUUUCGAUAUCGUUAACUAGCGACAAUCAAUGAGACAAGAACAAUCCAGGGGGUUGAGUAUGUAUCUUAAAACAAUGUAAAAAUUACAAAAGUGAGUAAAUUCACUAGAGUAUCUACGAUUUUAUUUGUCAAAAUCUAGUAAAUCUGUUCACUUUGUAAUCUUCACUUUGUUUUAAAGAUAUAUAGUCGAUUCCCUGAUGAAAAGCGCAACUCUCAUAGACUAUCGCUCGCUAACGACAACGAUAUAAUCGUCGCUAAGACAUUAGAGAAUCCUGCUACUGAUGUCGUAAAAUGAUUUUUUCAUAAUUCAAUAAUCAUUGUAUCCUUCGAUUAUUAUAGCAGAAUCAAAUCUAGCUGCGAUGCAGGCAGAUUAUCCAAUGGAAAUUAAUUUUUGUUUUUAUAAUUUUUAAUAACUAUAUAUAUAUACUAUUUUUUCUAAUAUUAAAAAAAAUACGUAACUUGAAAAAUGCAAUCAAUUUAUCACUCACUGUACUAUAAUAGUUGAUCGUCACUAAUUUGCCGUUAUUGUUACAAUUAUUUGGUGUAAUAUUCACGAACUUUAAUGUGUUAUCGAAUCAUUUAAGUUAAGAAUAAGUCUAUAUGGUAUAUAUUACUCUAAUCAGGUACUACGUUGUUUGUAUUAAUUGACCAAAUUGAAGAAAAUAAAAUUCAAAGAAAUA